AUGAAGCUACCAUUUGGAUGGAUUCCGUCUUUCCAUACGUCUCAAUCUCAAGAUCAGACUCCACUACUGACACCGCUAUUAAAUCCUCCAUCUCAGGAUUUGGAAGUUGGUGAUUCAACUUCAGCUUCUCUACAAACUUUAGAGGCUAAUGUUAGGUCUAUAGAAGCUUUAGAAGAGAAAAUAGAUAUGCUUGAUUCGGAGAUGACGUCUCUAGAGAAAGAAUCAAAUGGAAUUAUAGAUACAUUAGAAAAUCGGAUUGUAUUUCUUCUGUCAUAUACGGCAGGAGGGAUAUUCUUUCAACAUUUGAGAUUUUCUUGUGUAGCUAUUGGGUACAUCACUUCCGUGAUAGUAUUUUGUUUGAUAUUAGGAUUGAGUUUUGUUAUUUGGGACGCAAGGAUGAAAUUAAGAAGGAUGAUCCCUGCUGUCAAGAAACUGGAUAAAAGAAGAGUGAAAUUAGUCGUUCAAGCACAAUCGAUUUGUGUUUUGGAGAGCAAAAGGAUAAGCCGCCAUAAUCAGAAUGGACCGGUUGAUGACACCGCUCCAUUACAGAAGGCUGAUUUAGUGAGAGACCGGUCUAUGCUGAUAGCAAACUCUGAGGAGUAUUUAGGUAGAUUUGAGUCCUACAAUUGUGGAUUUAUUCUGGCUGCGAUUAUAUGUGUGCUAAUUAAUGGGGCUGCUAUAUGUUUCAUCGCCUACUUCACGUAUUGCCAAGCUGACGUGUUAGGAGGUAAAACCCCUAUGAUGCCACCCCAGCCUAUGCAGCCUACUCAUUCAUGCAGCCUAUGUGGCCUAUCUGAAGAAUCCGCAUACAUCUUUAAGUAUGACAGUGGCCACGGUCAGUGGAAGCACAAUGAGCUCAAGGUUAAGGAUGAAAAGCUUGUUACCAGAUAUGGCAUUAGAAACCCAGAGGACAUUCCAAGGGCUGAGGCUGGAGCAGAGUACAUCGUGGAGUCAACUAGAGUCUUCAAUGAUAAAGACAAGGCUGCUGCAGCUCACUUGAAGGUGGAAGAAGCAAAUGACAUACAAAAAGUCUCUGCAACUGUUGGUGGUGCAUCAGAGGUUAAAAAUCAGGUACCUUCUCAAACAGAUGCAGCACCGGAAGACAGGGUUCCAGAAGACUGUCCUGCGAGUAUCAGCUCAUCUGAACUUCCUCCUCAUUUGGUCCUUGAUAUGCCAGUUUUGUCCCCAACCAUGAACAUCGCUAAAUGGAUGACAAAGGAAGGUCACAAGGUAGCGGUUGAUGAUGUUCUCUGCGAGAAAGAAGCUAACGAAGCAACCCUUGAGUCUGAAAGUCUCGUAGAAGGAUUCUUGGCCAAAAUACUGGCACUUGAAGGUUCAAAAGAUGUGGCUGAUGGGCAGCCUAUUGCAAUCCCAGUAAGUUUGCUAAUGCUCCUCUCUCUUUUCACCGACUGACAGAACUUUAAAACUUGCUGUUGUCUUAACAAUUGGAAGAUGCAAAUCAAUAUGUACAGAU